AUGGCAACAAAUCGUGCUCCAGACGUGGGACAUCAGUUAAUGGAUAAUAUCAAAAAUACUGUACUCAUACCAGUACGAUUAAUAGAACGAAUUAUACCAGAUAUAAUAUUAAAAACCCUUUCUACUGGUGACUCCAACAACAAUAACAUCAGUACUAAUUCUGUCACGAUUAUUUCUGAUGAUGUUCAGACGACAAAUAAUUCUAAUCUAACAUUAAAAUAUUCCCCUCAAUUAUCAACUCAUUCCAGUAAUAAAGAUUGUGAUAGUCAACCUAUUUCAUUAUCAUCAAAUUAUCCAGCAAUAUCAAAUACAAUGCAAAAUACAGCUAGUUCAUCUAAUUUAGGUGCUAUAGGUACGGGUAUUGUACCACCACCAAUGCAUUAUCAACAACAACAACAACCGCAAUAUAUGCAAUCAACAACACCAUCAGUUGCUAAUGGAAAAGAUGAAAUGCGUGGAUGGUUAUAUAAAUGGACAAAUUAUUUAAAAGGUUACCAAAAACGUUGGUUUGUUUUACAAGCUGGAAUCUUAUCAUAUUAUCGUUCACAAGAUGAAAUGACUCAUACAUGUCGUGGUACAGUUUAUCUUGAAUCAGCACAAUUAUCAUCAAAUGAUUCAUGUCAUUUUGUUAUAUCAAAUGGUUCAACUAUAAUACAUUUACGUACAAAUAAUGAAAAUGAUAAACAACGUUGGAUGAAUGCAUUAGAAUUAGCUAAACAAAAAGCAAUAAAAGUACGUAAACAAUAUCAAGAUUCAGAUGAUGAAGGAUUAAUAAAUGAUGAUUUAAAUAAACAACAAAAUUCAAAUGAUCAAACAAAACAAACAACAGAUCGAGUUGAAUUAGCAACAAUGAAUAAAACAUUAGAUGCAAAAUUAGAUGAUCUUAAAAUGUGUAUGGAUUUAAUAAAUCGUCAUUAUCAAGCACUUCAUCGAACACUUGCAGAUCUUGAACAAAUUGAUAAAUCCGAAGCAACUUUAAUUACAAUUAAAAGUGUUAAUGAACGUGCUACAUUAUUUCGUAUUACAUCAACAGCAAUGCUUAAUGCAUGUCAAGAAUUAGUACAAAUAAUUCAAAAACAAGGUCGUAAAUGGCAAAAAGCUAUUCAAUUUGAACGUGAUGCACGUAUACGUAUGGAACGUAUGUGUGAACAAGUUGCAUCACAAAGUGCAAAAUUAGAAAAAAAAAUACAACGUGCAUCACGUAAAGAUCAAAAUGCAAUAAAACCAUCUGAUAUACGUAAUACUAAUGAAGAUAGUUAUUCAUCUGAUAGUGACGAAUUCCAUGAUGCUGAAAGUGUUUUUCGUAUUCCAUUUCAACAACAUACAGCAAAUAAUGAAAAUCAACCAACACAUAUUGUUGAUGAUGAUGUUAGUUCAUAUGGUGAUGAGGAUGAUGAUGAAAGUGAAUCAGAAGAACAAGAAGAAGAAAAUUUACCUGUAGUUAUUGUAAAAAGAUCAAAAAAACCCGAUACAAUGAAUCAUAUUCCAUCACCAGCACCUGUACUUAAAACUACAAAUAAUAUUCAAAAAUCUACUAUACUAAAACGUAAACGUCGUGAUCGUAUUCCCGAACGUCCAAAUCAUAGUAUUAAUUUAUGGAGUAUAAUAAAAAAUUGUGUUGGAAAAGAUUUAUCAAAAAUUCCCAUACCAGUUAAUUUUAGUGAACCUUUAUCAAUGUUACAACGUAUAACUGAAGAACUUGAAUAUAGUUCUGUACUUGAUGCAGCAGCUAAAACAAAUAAUAAUUGGGAACAAUUAGCAUAUGUUGCUGCAUUUACAGUUUCAUCAUAUUCAACAACAGCAACACGAAAUAAUAAACCAUUUAAUCCAAUACUUGGUGAAACAUUUGAAUGUGAUAGAACAGAUGAUCUUGGUUGGAGAUCAAUGGCUGAACAAGUUAGUCAUCAUCCACCAGCUGUUGCAACACAUUCUGAAGGACAAGGUUGGACAUUAUAUCAGGAAUUUACUAUGGCAUCAAAAUUUCGUGGGCAAUAUUUAAGUAUAACACCAAUGGGUUAUUCUCAUCUUGUAUUUAAAAAUACUGGUAAUCAUUUUACAUGGAAAAAAGUAACUACACUUGUUAAUAAUAUAAUUGUUGGUAAACUAUGGAUAGAUAAUGUAGGUGAAAUGGAUAUAAUUAAUCAUACAACAAAAGAUAUAUGUAAAUUAAAAUAUUUUCAAUAUAGUUAUUUUUCAAAAGAUGUUCCACAUAAAGUAACCGGUGUUAUAACUGAUUCAAAUUCUCAAGCCCGAUGGGUAUUAUCUGGUACAUGGACAGGAAAAAUUGAAGGUGGUCCUGUUGAAUCAACAUCAGAUCGUCAUACACAUUCUCAUCAUAUGGAAACACAUAAUAUGAAAGUACUAUGGCAACGGAAAAUGCCACCAGCAUAUAUGGAAAAAAUGUAUAAUUUUACUGAAUUAGCUAUUGAAUUAAAUGAAAAUGAAUCAGAUGUUGCACCAACUGAUUCUCGUCGUCGUCCCGAUCAACGUUUAAUGGAAGAAGGACGUUGGGAUGAAGCUAAUCAAGAAAAAUUACGUCUUGAAGAUAAACAACGACAUUCAAGAAAAAUUCGUGAAACACAAGGAAAUGGAAUUGAUAUAUUUAAACCGAAAUGGUUUGUUAAACAAUUUGAUUCAAUGACUCAUUCAGACAUGCAUAUAUUUACAAAUGAAUAUUGGGAAGCGAAAUUAAAACAAGAUUGGUCUAGAUGUGAUGAUAUAUUUUAA